GUCACCUUGUGCAAUUGCUGCCUAUGCUGGCCGGCCACUUCUAGCCCGGCUGGGGAGGGCAGGGCAAGGGGGGGGGGCAGUUCUGAGUCUCCCCCAUCAGAUCGGGAUGGAUCUAUUCGACUUUUUCAGGGACUGGGACUUAGAGCAGCAGUGUCACUAUGAGCAAGACCGGAGUGCACUUAAAAGGAAAGAAUGGGAGCGAAGAAAUCAAGAAGUCCAGCAAGAUGAAGAUCUCUUUGCUUCAGGUUUUAAUCUCUUUGGGGAACCCUACAAGACAAAUAAAGGUGAUGCCCUUGCUAACCGUGUCCAAAACACAUUGGGAAACUAUGAUGAAAUGAAGGACUUGUUAACCAACCAUUCCAACCAGAGCCACCUUGUAGGAAUCCCAAAGAAUUCUGUACCACAGACUCCCAUUGACAAAAAUGAACAGAACUUUUUUCCAGAACAGAGAAACAGGAUGAUUCCGUCUCACCAGAUCAGUGGUCACUCGUCAACGUCAAUGCCCCCACCUUCUUCACUGUCAUCAAAUUCUACUUUGCUACACAGUCACCAGAGCAGCAGGAAAUCCAGGACAGAUUGGUCACGUGGUGGUCACAGCUCUAAUGGUGCACAGCCAAGCCAAUCCAAUAGUCAACAGAGUAGGACAAAACAUAGCUCUUCACAUGACCAGCCUCAAGGCAGGUACGACGAUCUCUACAACUGUCAGAGUGAACAACAUAAAAAUGGAGGCGCUGAGGAAGCAAACCCGGCUCCAUCAUCUUCACAUUCACGGAGGCACAAUCAUUCCAAAUCAACAACUGGAGAACAUUCUUAUAAAGAAAACAGUCAUUCCAAGUCACCUGUAGAACUUGAGUUUGUAGGGCACGGUCCUGGAUCUCCACUUCCUUCUACAUCUUUGUUAUCUGCAAACAAUGGUCUCUCAACCCAGAGUUUCCCACCAGGACUGCAUUGUAAAACUAGCAUGGUCCAGCAAAAACCUACAGCUUAUGUAAGGCCUAUGGAUGGUCAGGACCAAGUACCUAAUGACUCACCUGAACUGAAACCUCCAAUAGAAAUUGAGAGUGGUUAUGGAAAUCAAACAUUUGGAACACUGUUGGAAGGAAAAGCUAAUGCACCCAGUUCUAAGAAUAAAUUACCAAAGCUUACCAUUCCUCAAGCCAGCGAGGUUAGCCUUCCCAAUGACAGCUGUGUGGAAGAAAUAUUACGGGAGAUGACCCAUUCCUGGCCUCCACCUCUUACUGCUAUUCACACCCCCGGCAAGGCUGAGCAGACCAAGUUUUCCAUCCCAAGCAAGGUGCAGGAUUCCCAGCACCCGACCUCAGGAUACAAUGUACAAAAGUGGAGUGAUCCAGCAGGGAAAGUUGCCACCAAGUCAGUGCCACAAAAGUCAAUGCUUGAAGAUGAUCUAAAACUCAGCAGUGAUGAAGAUGACCAUGAACAGGCUGCUGAAAAGACAAAACCUAGAAACAUUCCUGUAAAUGGCCUUCCUCUGCAGACAGCACACGGUGCAGUUUUAGCACAUUCCAGCGGAGGCUCCGGGAGCUCCAGUGAGUCCGAGAGCAGCUCCGAGUCCGAUUCCGACAGCGAAAGCAGCUCCAGUGACAGUGAGCAUAACGAAGAGUCACGCAGUGCAACUCCAGAGCCUGAACCUCCCUCAACAAACAAGUGGCAGCUGGAUAAAUGGCUAAAUAAAGUGAAUCCCCAUAACAAGACCAUUAUCAACAACCAAAAUGAGACUCAUAGCGAGAACAGUUCUCAGCCUCAGAGCAGCCAACAGACUGAAGGACAAAAUAAAGGGAAGCUUAAUAACAGUCUGCCCCAGACCGAUUCCAAAGACAGGGCCGUCCUUAGUCCCAUCCGGGAGAAAGCCAAACCACGAGUUGCCCAGAAAACUCCAGAGACAAAAAGCUCCAAGCAGAAGUCACCAGCUCAUAAUGAGCCAACUUCACAAAGGACUCCUGGGAAAAAACAACCCAAAAAGGUAGAAAGGACUUCCAGUGUAGAAGAGUAUAACUGGCCCAAACCAAAUAAUACCAGCAACACUCCCAAAGAAAAAGAUACACAGGAACCACCAGAGCAGCCAAAGGUUCGCACAAAAGCAGCCGUUGGAAAGACAGCUCCAAGAAAAGAACCAAGGACUAGCACGGGACUUGCUUCUGAGAAGAAAAAGUACAGAGGCCCGAGCAAAACUGUCCCUAAAUCCCGUGAAUUUAUUGAAACCGAUUCAUCUACUUCUGAUUCAAACACAGACCAGGAAGAGAGCCUGCAGGCUAAAACAUUACCAGCUUUCAGUGGUCCUGCCAAUGGCAUCAAAGUAAAGGACUCCAGUAGUAACAUCCUCAGUGUAAGUAGUUUAACUAGCAACAGCAGCAACACAUCAAUAGACCAGACCAGCAAUGAUUUAGAGGAACAACUCUUUUCACCGAUCCCAAUUGUGCAAAAUGAACUUCUGUCCCCGCUGAGGGAAUAUGAAGAACUCAAAUCCCUUUGGGUGAAAAUAGAUCUUAGUUUACUCUCUAGAAUACCUGGACAAGAGCCUUGUGAGACUGCGGCUGUGAAAACCGAACCACGAGAGGCAAAUGUGAAACACAGGCGACAAUCUCGAGAGUCCCCCACCACAGCCGCUGAAAAGCCCUCCACAAAAUCCAAAAGGAAGCACAAGCAGUCCGAAAGCUUGGAUACAUUUGUUGAAACCAAGAAACAGCGCCUUGAGGACACCUCAGCCUCAUGCCUACUUCCACCGUGUAUUUCUCCGAUACCUAAUCACAGAUUAACCAGCACUAAAGACGGGAGUUCAGUUAAAAAGGUGACUAAGAAAAGAGAAGAGAAGUCAUUCCCUCCUCCGUUAUCCCCGCUGCUGGAUGAGCCAGCACACAGGCGUCACAGCAGUGACAACAGCUCCUUCAGCCAAGAGAACAGCAUCACAAACUCCUCUUCGUCUAAAUUCGGAAAGAAUGAGAACAAAUCCUCUUCGAACCCCAAAGGAAUCUGUGAGGAAGAAUCUCACAGUAGACCAACAAACAGUCUCCUUGAUACCAGCCAUCUAGAAACAGACAUCUGGUCUACAAUGCCUACACUCUCCAAUGGGAAAUCCGAGUCAAGAAGACCUAAAAUAACAUUUGAUGACAUGCUUCACAAUGCAGACUAUUACAUGCAAGAGGCUAAGAAGCUAAAGCACAAAGCGGAUGCACUGUUGGAGAAGUUCGGCAAAGCAGUGAAUUAUGCUGAUGCUGCUCUCUCCUUCAUUGAGUGCGGGAAUGCUAUGGAGCGAGAUCCAUUAGAAGCUAAAUCUCCAUACACCAUGUACUCAGAAACUGUGGAACUCAUCAGGUAUGCAAUGAGACUCAAGAAUUUCACAGGCUCAUCUGCCACGGAAGGAGACAAGAAACUAGCAGUUUUAUGCUACCGAUGCUUAUCACUCCUCUACUUGAGAAUGUUUAAACUAAAGAAAGACCAUGCUAUGAAGUACUCCAGAUCUCUGAUGGAAUAUUUUAAGAACUCUUCAAAAGCCUCCCAGGCCCCCUCUCCUUGGGGAGGCAAUGGAAAGAGCACAGAGACUCCAUCCCCCAUGUCUCUCAGUCCAUCUCCAGUCAGUUCUGUAGGGAGCAGUGCAGGCACGGCUGGGUCCUCGUCAGCAGGAACCAUCACCAUCCCCCAGCGCAUCCACCAUAUGGCUGCCAGCCAUGUAAACAUCACCAACAACGUCUUGCGGAGCUAUGAGCACUGGGACAUGGCCGACAAACUGACUAAGGAGAACAAAGAGUUCUUUGUAGACCUGGACUCAGUCAUGGGACCAUUAACACAACACAGCAGUAUGACCAGUCUGGUCCGUUACGUUCGACAAGGACUUCACUGGCUCCGCAUGGAGGCACAUUUGUUGAAGUGACUGCUGCCCUCUUCAUAACAUCCCCAUUGUUCUACCUCUACCAGCGCACAGACGAUCACUGGUGGAACUCCACUCAUUUCUGGAACUUGAUUCAUGUAACUUCAUUUUUAUUGCCUUUUUUGAUAUCUUAUCUAUUGGAAGUAGAAGUCACCAUAAAUGGAACUUAUGACUCAAGAGCAGAAUGUGUUGUACCAUCUAAUCAUUUUUGACAAUUUCUAUGCCUUGCGUCUCCUGGAUCCUGCUAUCCUUAUGUGCUUUAUGGAACGGUACAUUCCCUGCAGUAUUGUUUUAAGUCGACACUGCCUUCGAGUGAAAAUAAAAAAAGCACUUUGAGAAGAUAUGGAUUCCUGAGAAAUAGUACAAAACGUCUUAAAUAUAUGAGGGUAUAUAUGAAAAUUCUCUUCUGAAAUAAAUUAGUAGAAGUUAUAGCCAUUCACUCAGAAUUGUCCUCUGAACCCAAGCCAAGCUGUUCACUGCUUAGUUCUGGCAUCGUUACCUGCAACUGUUUAUUGCUAAGAUUUCCUACUUUAUAUAGGCCUGGUCUCUAAAAAAGGGCUCUGAACAUCUUAUAGGUAUGUAGCGUAAAAUCACCAAAGGUGUCAAGAGAUAAAAGAUUGGGAGGAAUGAUUAAAGAAAGAUGCCACACUACGCAAUGAGGUUUUGAUAUUCUUUUCUCUUUAUUGUUGGCUUACCAGUUUAAGUGGGCAGAACAAGGCAGUUGAUUAGGCAAUUUCAAAACGUUGGCUUUCAUAGUCUUAGCUACCAUUCAUGUACUCAAUGGGUGAACUUUCUGUCCUACUGUUUGGUCUCAAGCAAAUAUUCCUCCAUGAUUUUUCUUGGCAAACAAUCUCCUCUUGCAUAGCGACUCAGUGACAGCACGUGUUAACAGGAGUGCUACAUUAUAAACAUUGAUAUUGUAUGUGAAAGUAUGGAUUCUUGAUGAGAUUCGCUAGCAAUUUAACUGGCUGCUGCUGAGGCACUUCCAACACCCUGGGGCAUUAAUUUACACCUGUUUUGUUGAUUUCCAAGCAUUAGAAGCAGACAGUAUUAUCUUACUUUCUUGAAAACAAUGACAAAUUAAAGGCAAUCACUACAUUUACCCAAAAGCAACAUAUUUGCUUCAUAAUGGCCAUGAAUACUUCAGUCUCCCAAUUCUCCAAAUUACCCAUUUUCCAAGUUCCAUUUUUAUUUACCCAUGCUGUCAUAUUUUGACCAUUCCUUUAACGCAUGCAUAAUCAUGAGACAAUUCAGAGAAAAUUUCAAAGCAAUCUUGAAUAAAUUAGACCAUUUCAUUCACUCGUUCCUUUUUUUUUUUUCCUUAUAAGCUGCGUUGGUCUUGUGGCAGCCCUGCAGGAAGCAAUUGUGCAUGAAACAAAACAAAAUGAAUUUAUAUCGGUAAUUUACAAGACUUUAAAUGGCCUCAUAUCAUUCUUGAUGUAAUGCUGGCACACCUUAUCAAACUGUAAAUUUCAUUUAUAUAAACAAAAAAAUCCCCUCCUGGCAAUGUAAAUAUCAUUCUGGGUCACAUCUCACUGAAAUAACAUGACAUGUGUAUUAAGUAUCAUCCAGACAUUAUUUAAUUGUAAUUUCCUUUUGAUAUAUAAGCCUGUAUAUCCUUUAAUCGGGCAAGAUAUUGGAUUCUACUAACUGGAUUGUGACCAGAUAAAUAGGACAAAUUUGCAUUUAAAAGGUUCAGACUGCUAGGUUUUUAAAACAGGUCUUACACGUUUCCAAUAAGGAUUGCGCCCAAUCCAUAUUUUAAGAUAAACUUAUCUUUUUAAACAAUUGUGUAUUAGCUCCUAUUAAUAAAUACCUUUAAAAAUUCUAUAAAUCAUAAUAUUUUGUUCCACAACGAGGUCUUGUAAAUGUAGCCAGUGUGGGAAGUAUACCAUUAGAUAAAUCAUGCUGAUGGGGUAGUCUAUAAAGGACAGAACAUGCACAUCCUGGAUUAGUUUUACAUUCCUGUUCCGAAAGUAAGCAAUGUACCCUUAUCUGUUCUUUGAGGAGUUCAGGUAACAUGGCUGAAACAUGAAUCCAAAAGAACUUAUCAUACUGAUUCUGGCUCUUUUUUCUAAUGAAUAAAACCAGGAUAUCAAGAACCCUUCAUAACCAUAAAAAGAGGGUGAUUUUCAAACACGCAGCUUUUUAUUUAACAGAUGAGCGUCGGUGUUUCUGAUAACUGAACUGAAGUAUUGAUGGGUUGGUUGUGACCUCCGUUUUUCAUUCUCUUUGUAAGGCCUCUCCUAUUGGAUUGACUAACUAUUCAGCGUAAUGAAGAACAUUGUUCUCUCUUAUUAUUUUAACGUAGACUGAAAUCCUAGCCUGCCAUGGAUUUACGAAGGCUAUAUAUAUAUCUUGAAAUACAAUCUUCAGAGACAUGACUGUUCACAGAGUCAGCUACCCUCUCCGAGUCAGGGUAUUAUCUUUCCCCUGUUGCUUGUAGUAAACAGACGCCUAUCUCAAAAUUUAACAUACAUUCACAUCUCCUUUACCUAGACAGCUUAGAGAAUUAGCCAACCUGAUUUUGCCUCCUGUGACUUAGUUUGAAAUGUAUGUUGAAUCAAUGGCACAAUUAUAAGAAGUCCAGCAGUCAAGCCUAGGAUCACAAGCCAACAUACUAUUUAGCAGUCUUGUUUCAAAAGCAGCUUAGAAACAAAUUAAACAUGGAGAGUGAAUUACCUUCUUAUCCUUGGGGAUGAUGCUUCUUUUGGGUUAGUUAUUAAGGAUUAUUGCACUUUUACAGGCACUAUAUUCAUCACCUUUCAAAUGCCAACAUGGCAUCUUCAUGGAGUAAUUGUACUCUUUAAAUUAUCAUUUCAAGUAGAUUUCAUUGAAUGAAAUUGUUUGCUUAUUUUGAAGGGGAAGAGUUUUGAUGUAUGAGGGGAUAAUGUAUCUGCCUGGGCUUUUUCUCUGUCACCCUGUCAAAGACCGUGAGAGAGGCCCCCAAAAUUAUGAGGCUGUCUUCAAAAUCAUGAGGUUUUUUUCAUAGCAUAUUUUGUGUUCCUUUUAUUUGUCUUAUCAUUUCUGAGUCUUUAAGCAACACUCAAGUCAUGUUUUCAAGCGUCCCUCCAUAACCAUGAGAACUAGAAAUAUCUUUUUUUUUUUUUUUAAUGAAAGCUGGAAUGCUCAUGCAGGUUCCUGAUACCUGCAGCUGGGUUUUCAGAAAGACACCAAACAUUGCAAGAGGUGGCAUGUUAAGUGAUGUUUAGAUCAAUAUGCAUAGCACUAUGGUAAAGGGAACACACAGGCUAAGGACUAAAGUCUAAAAUAUCGGGGAUCCAUCAGUGCAAAAUGACGGUGCAGCAAAGUCCAAAGUGCUCAAGCAAGGUCCUUACACACCUUGUGGUGGGCUUCAUUGGUCUUAAAUGGUGGGUAUGGCCUUGUGCCUACUCUGAGAACAGUAUGUAUUUCCCAGACACAUGAUGUUCAUUAAGGAACUGAGGUCCAUAGUAGUGGAUGCAGUUGAGGGGAAAGUUUAGGAAUGCUACCAUAUGCCUCAUAUGGUCGCAUCAGUUGCUCACCUGAAAUAUAGGGCUAGCUUUUCCUAGGGCACUUCUCACUCAAGAAAACUUCCUUUGCGAGUAGGGAAAGUUUGGACCCGAAUACAAAUUGCAGGAUUUGGUCCAUUGUUCACACGUCUUUAGCUUUGCUUAUUUAAAUAAUUUUUUUUUAAUCUGGAUUUUUAUUUUUUUCCAGUUGAGCUUGUCAUUUUGUUGGGAGCAUUUGGUGGCAUCCUUCCCAGCAUGUUUCUCAGAGUUGAAUUUGGCCCUCUUCUUGCUGUUGCAUGACCUUUGGACUCUUGGUCACUUAAUAAGCUCAGUGUGUAAAUACUGAUUGUUUUAUUUAUAGGUGACCUCACUGGGAAGAUAGGGGAGGUCUGUUGUCUUUAAAAAGACUCAAGGUCAAGGACUUUGGUUCCUUCUUAUGAAACAAAAUGAUCCACAUCCUAGGUUAGUAUAUAAGACGUUAACUCUGAACCUUUAGCUAAAAUUAAUUUCUGGGGUGCUUCUAAAUUCAAAGAUUUUUAGGAUAUUCCUCCCUGAAAACUUUUUGACCAACUUUUAGCUACUUUGAAGGACAUAUUUUUGUCAUGUUGUUUUUGUGGGUAUUUAAUUCUAUUUUUUUAAACAAAUUAUUAUUUCAGGGAAAGAAAGCUUAAAAGGCUGAAAGGCUCAGUGGCAACAAUGGGACCUUUAAUAACUGUUUGGAGAUGUAAGAAAAGUUCGGUUACAAGGAAGUGAGCAGUGAGCUUCCUUGAUGAAGCAUUACUUUUAUGUGGUAGCGGGGACAUUAAUGUGUCCCUCUGUAGAAAAGGGCCCUUACCCCCAGUCAGAUAAUGUGCCCCAUUCUCUUGUCCCAAGCAAACUGAAAUACAGUAGAAAGCAAUGGCAUCUGCACAGGCUUGAUCCUGUCUUCAUGGAAAUCAAUGGCAAAACUCCCAUUGACUUUCAUGGUGAAGGAUCAGGUCUUAUAUGCAUAUUCCAUCAGCAUACCAUAGGGAGUAUUUGCCACAUUUGCUCAGACCACCAGGCCAUCCAGUAUCCUUCCUCCAGCAGUGACCAGUGUCUGAUACUUCUUAGGAAGGCAAAAAAAGUCUCAAUACACCCAUAAUAUUGCAUAUUAAACAUAUUGUGUGCGUAUCAUCCAGCUGUGCAGACCCCACCCGCUGAGGUGUUGGUAUAGCACAUGAAUGGGCCUUUGAAUUGCUAGCAAGUCUACCUGAUUUUAUUGUAUUUCGGUGGGAAUUCUGGAGAAGGAAAGAUCGCAAGAAAGUUUAAAAAUAAGGACCACUCCACCAUCCUUAUGCUCCUUGCCCCAUUUGCAAGUUUUACUUUAUGUAGCAUUUAAUGAUCAAAUGUGCGCCCCCUAGAGGUGAUUUUUAUAAAGGCAAAUAAGAUAAAUCAUGUUAGGAUUGGAAGAGGUCCGUUUCUUGACCCUCCUACACUUCCAAAACAGAAAACCUGUUUUUUUGGCCAGUUUUUGUGCAGUGUCUAGCACAAUUGGGGUACUGGUCCAUGACUGAGGUUCCCAGGCACUAUGAUAAUACAAAUAAUAAAUAAGAAGAAGCUCCAUAGACACAAAAUCAUAUCCAGGCAUUCUGUAUUGUCUAAUAAUAUAUAGGCUAAGUGCUCAAUCAUUAUGGUCCUCACUAUCUUAACUUUCCUAAUGAGCAACCAAUGUUUUUCCCUGAUUAAAGUUCAGUUGUGAUCAUGUUUUGGGGGUCUUUUACACAGCCUAUCUCUAAGUUUUACUCUUGACAGUUUUAUUUCAGCUAGCACUUUUCAAAGCCGUUUGAUGUAUUUUUGGGGCGGUCUUCAGAUAGCAGCAGGCCUGAUUCUGAUCUCACACCAGUUUAAAUCCACUGAAGUCAAAGGGCCUGAUUUGGCUCUCACGCAGCAUGUAGACCAAUGUGACUCGGUAGGUUUACACUGGCAGAAAUGAGUGCCGUUUCAAACAAAAGGCGUUACAGAGUAAAACUGGUGUUAGAUGAGAACCUUACUGUGUCAGAAAUACUUCAUAAGAAGUACCAUGAAGAUGAUUUGUCCUUGGAAUCAGAGGGUACGUAGAAAUAUGUAUGGCAGAAAUGUGAAGCACUGUUUAAUGAAAUUGGAAACCUACUGAAGAAGGGAUGACUUCAUGAGUGUAACUUUCUGAAUUUGACCUGUUUGUACAUCUGUGAAAAGGGAUUUAUUAUUAUUGAUACGCCUGAUGAAACCUGUCGGCUGUGAUAUUAUGUCAUGAGAAGGCCUUGUGCACCUCAACCCAGUCUGAUGAAUUAACCUGCCUUACUGUGUGGCUCCAUGACACAGUGCACUAAUAUUGUCAUUACAGUCCCUUUCUUGUAGCAAGGUCAUUUUUUCCCCCACAGAACUUCACCAAGGACUGAUUCCAGGGACCCAGAAACCAGCCCACAUAGCAGUCUGUGGCCUGGGUACCUCUGGCAUAGGUAGAUGAAGAAGUCCCGCCCCUACCCCCACCCUACCCUCAGACUAUGGAGCAGCUGCAGAUCACAAGGGUACUUGAGCCUCCUGCCUCAUGGGGUUCCAGAGCUAUGCCUCCAGUCGGAGCCUGAACAUCUACACUUGUGUCCCAUUAAUUUCAAUGAUAUUAACUAAUGAGCAAGAUGAGCUGGAUUUGUGUGUGAACCAGUUUGGGUCUUUAAUUCUACUUUACUGGAACGUGAGUUCCACUAUAUGCAAAUUCCAUUCCAACAAAUUCCAACAAUGCUUUACUCCCCAUAUUGGGCUUGAUUCUACUCUCAGUAACAACAGUUUUGCACUGGUGUAACUUCACUGACGUAAAUGGAGUUACUCCUGAUUUAGACCUGUAUCAAUCAGAGCAUCAGGCUCAUAAAUGAGUUUCAUUAUAAAAAAUACUUAGGGAAAUGUUACUUAUAAUUUAGGGCUAAAUCCCACAUUACAUACUGGGGGCCAAAUGGUGCUCUGACCAACAGCAGUGGCAAUCUAGAGCAACUCAAAUAUCUUCAAUGGAAUUCUCUGGUCCAAAUUCUGUUCUUAUUUUACCCUUAAUAAUGGAGUGAUUGAGAUCAACAUUGGGCUCAUUAUGCCAGAUCCUCAAGUAGGUUAAAUCAGUUACUUCAGUGGAAGUAACUGUAUCUUAGGUCGGAUCUGACUCACUGAGUUCAGUUUGGUUACUCUAGAUCUACGCUGGGGGAACUGUAAGCAGAUUUGAUCUGUGACCAGCCCAUAAAUGUACUCAGCCCCUACUUAGGUAAAAAAACUUUGACUUCAGUGGGAUAUAAGUGUGAGGCAGAACAUCAGGGAUUUGACCUAUUGGCAGGAUGCAUUUACUCCAGAAUUUUUCAAUUAACUGAAUAGCUGGCAACAGCAAACUCUUUCUAUGGUUCAUGAAAAACCAGAAUACAAGAUCCUCAUGUGAUGUAGGUUGGUGCAACUCUAUUGAUUUCAAUGGAGCUAUUCCAAUAUACACAGCUGAGGCUCUGGCCCAUAAACCCAAACCUUUUUAAAUUUUUGGCCAACAUAUCUCUGUGCAGGGGAACUCCCAAAGCUUUAUCAUCGCACUUCUUGUUUAUUGACCAUGCUAAUGAAGCUAUUCCUGUUUUGUCUAUAAGGAAAUGGACUUUGCAAAGCAACGAAAUCUAGAGUACUUUGUAAAGCCACAUUAGACCACACAGCCUGGAAGAAGUACCCUCAGAACUGAGAAUAACUCAAUAGCUAGUGCUGUCCUGUGUUUUGUCUGAUGUCGUUUAAAUUUUCACUCUGCGCUUCCCCUGCUGAUUUUUACGUAGGACGUGAACAACGAUUGUAGGUUUCUGAAAGUCAUCAGCCACAUCCCCAGAUGCCUUCCGUCAAGGUAGCUCCAUUGAUGUCAGAGCUGAUUUACACAGCCUGAACGGGGCCUGUAUAGUUUUACAGCCUGUGCUGUGUGAAUUAAGUGCAGCUCUACAAAUAUAUACUCAAGCUGUUUUCUAAAAGUUAAAGCAUCAGAUAAUCCCUGCUAAAAGAAUUGGAGGUGAAUUUCUGCCUGCAGUCUAGUCCUGCAGAUUGUUUUGUUUUGAACUAAAAGGCAUGGUGCAAUUUCAUUACCCCUCAGUUUAAAUAUUUCCUGGCAUAAGCAUUAGCUUACAUAGAAAAAUGGCAAAUACAUUCAAAUGUUGCGUAAAUACUUGCAGUAUAAAGAUGGAAUCUGUUACUCCUGCUCAAAGACAUUUCAGAGGGUUGAAGUGAAUUUUCUAAGCCAAAUGAAAUUUUGUAUAUUUAAAAAUCAUUGAAAAUAUGUAUUAAGGGCGCAAUUCUACAAUUCUUACUUACACUGAGCACCUUAAUCCACAGUUAGUUCCAAUGAAAUCAGUGGAGCUAACUACAAGCAGACUAAGUUACCGCUCAUCAUUAGGAUGGCAGAAUUAGGGCCUAAAUAGGUUACUUGGAUGCAGUCAGGAGUUUAAUUUUAGCCAUAUAUGUCAUGUGAGGACACUCAUAAACUCGGUGUACAUUUUAUCCAAACUGACAGUCCCAGUAAUUCCACAGACUAUUGUAUAUUUUAUUCCUUCGUGUAUUUUCGUGACAUCUCUGGAUUGCAUAUCUUCUUCUGAAUCUGAAAUACUCUUUUAAGAAAAAAAAAUCAAUGUUCAUGAGGCCUAGGACAUAUCAUUGCAAAGUUUGAAAACAGAUUUAGAGAUCUGGUUAUUUUUGUUUUACCUUCAAGCCAUCUUUUGGUUUGUGUUUUGACUUUAGCUGUAGCAACCCCACGCCCAAUUGUUUUUAAAAUGGUACAGUUCGGAUUAAGUUUUCUGGUUGCUGAAAAACCGAAUAAGAUGACUAACAUAUGGGAAAAGUAAUAAUGGCAAACUAAAGGGAUGUUUGUUCUUUCUACAUGUCUUGUUUUUUACCUGCUAGUGUUGGGAUUAGUCUAGAAAAAUCUGUGAUUUCUCACCUCCAUCUCUGACUAUUGUGACAAAAAGCUCAAAUUUGUUUUUUGAGUUUGUUGGGGUUUCUUGUUUGUUUUGGGUGCUUUUUUUGUAUGUGUAGAAGUAACCAAAAUGUCAGGAACAUUUAUAUACCUUCUGUUCUGGUUACUGGCCACUAUGACAUCAUGAAGACCUCUUGGCCUUCCUACCAAAGUCAGAUUUAACUUCUACCUUGAUGUUCUUCUCAAUUAGCCAUUGAAAUUAGAUUGUAAUUUACUAAAUACCCCUUUAGCUUGCAUUCUUACUUUUGAUUUAUCCUUGAACUAGCCUUUUUUGUGCGUGUGCAAAUAUCAUAUCCAUAAUUGCUGCAAUUCCACAAGGUGUCUUUGUUCUCAACAAGCAUGUUAUUCUUGUAAAGUUUUACGUAUAAGUUAAGAUGUUUUGUACAGACCAAGGUAACUGUUAAAAUGUCAAGCAAUUACUGAAAUGUUGUAUAGUUAUAAAGGUUUGAUUUCUUUUGCUUUAUAUGUAUAAAAUUGUAUCCUGCCUGUUUUGCUUUGUAUUUCCAAUGUGUUGCACAAUUAUGCAUUUUGUUUACAUUUUGUUCCUUCUUAAAUAACAGUAAUACUUUAUGUACAAACAUUUUAAAUGUACUUUUGUUGUUUUUAAACACAAUGUCUCUAUAUAAAUAAUAUUGGUUGAACUGGUA